AUGUGGAACUCCAGCGCCGGUUUACCACCCUUUUCAAGGUCCUCAGACCUGUUCCUGCAGCCAUUCUGGGACCACGUCCGGCUCCAUCACUACCCUCUGGUCUCCUCUCCCUUCUUCCCAGUCCUGCUGGCCUUCUCCAGCUACUUCGUCUUCAGCCUCCCCUUCGCCGUGUUGGACCUCCUGGGAGACAGGGCGCCCGCCUUCCACCGCUACAAGAUCCAGAAAGGGAGGCGGCCCACGGUGGAGAUGAUGGCGGCCAGCUUUGGGCGGGCGGUGUACAACCACCUGGUGUUCGUGGCGCCCACCGUCCUCCUCAGCAGCUCUGUCAUGCCCCAACCACCGCUGCCUGCGGCCGCGCCCACCGUCCUGGAGCUCCUGACCGGCUGGCUGGGGAUCCUGCUGGUCUUCGACGCCCAGUACUACGUCUGGCACCUGGUGCACCACAGGAACCGGCACCUGUACAGGUGGGUGCACGCCCUCCACCACGACUACGUGGCGCCCUUCUCCUGGUCCACCGAGCACCUGAGUGCCGUGGAGCUGAUGACCGUGGGCUUCUGGAGCAACCUGGACCCCAUCUUGCUACGCUGCCACCCGCUGACCACGUGGGCCACCACCGUCAUCAGUAUCUGGAUGUCCGUGGAGGACCACAUCGGCUAUGACCUGCCCUGGACCCUGAACCGCCUGGUGCCCCUGGGGCUGUUAGGGGGAGCCCCGGCCCAUGACAUGCACCAUCAAAAGCCCAACACUAACUAUGCGCCCUUUUUCAGCCACUGGGACAGAAUCUUUGGGACUGCAUCCACUGCAGAGGCAGAGACUGAGAAACUCCUCCCCAGGAAGGAAAAGCUUUAA